AUGGCGCCAGCGGUGGGGCUCAAGCGUUCCGCCACGCAGACCAUCACUCUGCCGCCGCCCGAGACGCGGCUGGCUGUGCGCGAUGUCAUGCGGUCCACGAUCCCGUCGCAGCCCGCCGAGGCGCCGGUGGCCUCGGAGAAGCCGGCGCCCGCCGCGGCGCUGCAGGGGUUCCUGUGCCUGGAGGAGGUGGACGGGAGGCGGUGGAGCUACGUGGUGGACGGCGGGGCCGCGAAGGGGAAGGGUAGGGGCGGGGCCGCUGUCCCCGCUGGGGCCUCCGUCAGGGCCGUGCCGCUGCAGUCGCCGCUUCCGCCUGCCGAGGAAAUAAUGGCAUUCAUAAGAUCGUAUGUCGUGCCUGAAGGGUUUCCAGACAGUGUUACUCCUUCAUAUGUACCUUACAUGACUUGGAGGGCUCUGAAGCACUUCUUUGGUGGAGCGAUGGGGGUGUUUACAACAAGAACCUUGCUGAGUUCUGUUGGAGUCUCUCAAAGCAAGGUGACACCAGGUGCCAUUGCUAUCAACUGGAUCCUCAAGGAUGGUGCUGGGCGAGUCGGAAAAAUGCUUUUUGCACGUCAAGGAAAGAAGUUUGACUAUGACCUAAAGCAGUUACGGUACACUAGUGAUCUGUUGCUGGAAAUAGGAGCUGGGAUAGAAUUAACUACUGCUGCAUUCCCUCAGUUUUUCUUGCCUAUGGCUUGUGUAGCCAAUGUUGUAAAGAAUGUCGCUGCUGUUACGUCAACUUCAACUCGCACUCCAAUCUAUAAGGCCUAUGCGAGAGGAGAAAACAUUGGAGAUGUCACUGCUAAAGGCGAAUCUGUUGGGAACAUUGCAGAUCUGCUUGGUACUGGUCUGAGUAUUUUUAUCUCAAAAAGGAAUCCCUCACUGGUGACUUCAUUUGCCUUCCUAUCCUGUGGAUAUCUCCUGAGUUCAUAUCAAGAGGUGAGAUCUGUUGUGCUGAAUACCCUAAACAGGGCGAGGUUUACCGUCGCAGUGGAUUCUUUCAUUAAAACUGGUCACAUUCCCUCCUUGAAGGAAGGAAAUUCACAGGAGACGAUAUUUAAUCCACCUUGGCGGCAUGAGCCAGUCGCAAUAGGUUCAAGAUUUGGAGAAGCAUUUCAAGAGCCAGCUUCAUUUCUUGCCAUAAGACCUCUGUUUGAGGAUGAGAGAUACAUGGUAACAUAUAAUCCAACAAAGGAUAAAGUAUAUGCUUUGCUCAAGGACCAAGCAAAAUCAGACGACAUUAUCAAAGCCGCUUUCCAUGCUCAUGUGCUACUGCAUUUUAUUAAUGCAUCACAUGCACGGAGGCUGAAGCAGAAGCAGAAGCAGGCAAACCCCGACCGAUCAGAGCAUCUGUACUCUAGAAACAUGGAUUUCCUGGCGCACAUCGCUGAAUCUUGCAAAAUUGUUUCCUCGUCAUAUGGAACAUUCAAGAAGAAAGCAAGGGAACAGGGUUGGAUAAUGUCAGAAUCUCUGCUCAACCCUGGCAAGGCUCGAUUAUGUUCAAGAUUUGGAGAAGCAUUUCAAGAGCCAGCUUCAUUUCUUGCCAUAAGACCUCUGUUUGAGGAUGAGAGAUACAUGGUAACAUAUAAUCCAACAAAGGAUAAAGUAUAUGCUUUGCUCAAGGACCAAGCAAAAUCAGACGACAUUAUCAAAGCCGCUUUCCAUGAUGCUCGGUUCUUAGGAGCUGAACUAACAUAUGUUGGGUGCCCGACACUAGGUCACAUUCCCUCCUUGAAGGAAGGAAAUUCACAGGAGGCGAUAUUUAAUCCACCUUGGCGGCAUGAGCCAGUCGUAAUAGGUUCAAGAUUUGGAGAAGCAUUUCAAGAGCCAGCUUCAUUUCUUGCCAUAAGACCUCUGUUUGAGGAUGAGAGAUACAUGGUAACAUAUAAUCCAACAAAGGAUAAAGUAUAUGCUUUGCUCAAGGACCAAGCAAAAUCAGACGACAUUAUCAAAGCCGCUUUCCAUGUCAAGCGAAGCGUAGCGAGCAAACCCCGACCGAUCGAGCAUCUGUACUCUAGAAACAUGGAUUUCCUGGCGCACAUCGCUGAAUCUUGCAAAAUUGUUUCCUCGUCAUAUGGAACAUUCAAGAAGAAAGCAAGGGAACAGUUAUGUUUGUCGGGCCUGUCCUCCGAGCCCCUCCGUCGGUGGCAGGUGUGGGGUCACAUUCCCUCCUUGAAGGAAGGAAAUUCACAGGAGACGAUAUUUAAUCCACCUUGGCGGCAUGAGCCAGUCGCAAUAGGUUCAAGAUUUGGAGAAGCAUUUCAAGAGCCAGCUUCAUUUCUUGCCAUAAGACCUCUGUUUGAGGAUGAGAGAUACAUGGUAACAUAUAAUCCAACAAAGGAUAAAGUAUAUGCUUUGCUCAAGGACCAAGCAAAAUCAGACGACAUUAUCAAAGCCGCUUUCCAUGCUCAUGUGCUACUGCAUUUUAUUAAUGCAUCACAUGCACGGAGGCUGAAGCAGAAGCAGAAGCAGGCAAACCCCGACCGAUCAGAGCAUCUGUACUCUAGAAACAUGGAUUUCUGGCGCACAUCGCUGAAUCUUGCAAAAUUGUUUCCUCGUCAUAUGGAACAUUCAAGAAGAAAGCAAGGGAACAGGGUUGGAUAA